CUCCAAUAUUGCUACAAAAACUUUGAAUGACAAUGGGACUUCACAUACCCAGUGACUGUACGGUAGCAUCGUUGAUUAACACUUGCAAAAUACAUGGUGUCCAUCAUUCUUUUUCCUCUAAUUUAUAGAAUGAAAAAAAUGUUGUGUCCCUGAGCUAUGAAAUUUGAAGCAAAAAGACAUGCUGUUUAUUUUUAACUAGUGACUGAAUGUUAGUCACAUGUCAAGCACUGCAUUUAUUUCUCAUCUCUAAUACAACUGGAGGCCAUUUCAGAGGAGUUAACCUUGAUUCUGAGUCUGGAGCCAAAUGUAGACUGGAUUGCAUUAGAAUGGUAGAUUUCCUUCCUUGGAGGGCAUAGUGAACACAAUAGGUUUUCAUGACAAUGUCAAGUUUACCACUGCUGUUAUUAGGUGACUGCAGUACCACAAUCAAAUGUAGUCAACUAUUAUUUGUCCUGUGAAGUAGUCUAUAAAAUUGCUACAAUUGUUCAUCACCACCUUUCAAAGGCAAAUAGGGAUGAGGCACGAAUGCAUCCCGAUCCUGUAAAUAAAUAAGUGUCAUUCAAAUACUACAUGUAGUGAUUGUAACAAGGUCAGCCAGGUGGAUUUUCACAGAAUAAGUUCCCUGAUUGGGGCUGUUAAUCUGGUCCAAUUAGGGAGCCCUGACAGGUAAAAACAUCAGUGCCAGACAUCCUGAACACUGACAGCUGACUCUGACGGAGCUGGAUCAGUGUCAAAGACUCUCCACGUGCAAAUGAAGGGUAACUUGAUGACGGGAUACUGGCUUCUGCAGAGUUAUUUCACUGUAAGCAGUGCUGCAGGAAAUCCUGCCAAAUGUCACAUUUCUUAGAAUAUCACUCACUCAGAGCUUGGAGAAUUUAGCCUACAAUUUGAAACUUGGAGUCAAUUUACAAACCUCAAAAUUCCUUCAUCACAAUUAAAACUCAAUUGACUUGGCCCAGCAUUUUGCUGACAGUUUGACUUUUGUAAUUUGAGAGAUUUGGUUCCACUGUAAGUGCAGAAUAACUUAUUAUUUAAGACAUUCCAGUCCUUAAAAUUGUGGACAGUAUCCUGGUCCUCUUUUAGCCUCGUUCUUGAAGACUGCAACUUUUAGAAGCAAAGGGUGGAAUCUUCCCAGUCCAUUGAACAACAUGGAUAAUGGCCAGAAAGUUGAAGGAAUUGUGUGACAUCAUUAGUAAGGCGAUAUGACAUCAAGAUAAAAAGUCAAUUUUCCAACCAAAUCUUGAAUGACAAGACAAGAUUCUCAAUAGGUAUCAAUGGAACUUCAUCACCGCCCAGCCUUUGUUACUCGCACAGGCACUGCAACAGUUAGGGUGCUGGAUUUUGGGCAGCCGGGUUUAUUAAAUCCCAGUCCGGUUAUUAAAGAUGAAUCUGAGUUCCUAAUUGAAGAAUAUCUUUCUCCAUCCAAAUUGCGAGCCCUGACCAAAACAGAGGACCUACAACAGGUGAAAGUUCUGGAGAUGUGCGUGGACACACAGGAUAACACUCUUGGAAAUUUCGGUACUCAUUUACCAAGUUUGGUUCAACUGAAGCUGAAUAGCAGUUUUAUUGCAUCGGUAAGGGAUCUUGGUACAUCAUUAACAAAACUGCAGGUGCUCUGGAUGGCUCGCUGUGGCCUCAAAGACUUGGAUGGAAUUCCUUCCUUCUGUUCAUUAAAGGAACUAUAUGUGGCAUAUAACAGUAUUUCAGAUGUCAGCCCGGUGAGCAUGUUAGAACACCUGGAAGUACUGGACCUGGAAGGAAACAACAUUGAUGAUAUUGUGCAGAUCCACUAUGUAGCUCUGUGCAGCAAGCUGAACACACUCACACUGGAGGGGAACCCUUUUUGCUCGCCACAAAACCCAGGGAUCCCAGAGGAUUCAAAUUCAAACUACAGGGAGACGGUUAAAAAGCUGAUCCCACACUUGAAAUAUUUGGACGACAUUCCUGUGAGUGAGACCUGCAUUCAGUCUAACUGUACCAUCAAUAAGGAUUGGCUAAUUGUGAAGGAAGCCAUUAAGGAUGGCAUCUCAGCUGAGGAUCUUGAAAAUUUAGAUGAUAGUAUUAUCAUUGGGAGACCAGCUUCUCGAAAGCACCAAAAUUGUGCAUCUCGAAAGGCGUCAACUUCCCAGAGACCACACAGCGCUGGAAGACUCUCCACAGGGUCUACUGUUGGCAUCUUACAAACAGGAGGUCCUGAUACCAGGCUUUAUGAUGGUGCGAGUGACCUUACACAUGGUGCCAGCAGCAUUUUUUGUGGAAAUCCUGUCACAGCUCUUCGAGCCCGGAGGAAGAAGCAAGGUGUAUCAAGUGAUGGAGCAGUGAACUGGUUCAGUCAGCACACUCACUUGCCAGAACAUACCUAUGAUUCGCUAGAAAUCGACAGCAGAACCCGAGAUGAUAUUUUUGCGGAGUUGAGGGCUUGGCGGAACGAACACAACAGGCGCCUUGAAGCUAUUUUGAAGGAACAAGAACCACAAGUGUUGAAGAUUGAUCACAAUGAUAAUGAUGUCCUGAACAUUAGUUCGGGUGAUGAGGAGAAGAAGGAUAACUGCUCUGAUGAAUGGAUUGGCUCUGUUUCACCAGAAACUCCUAGCUUGUCGCCUUUAGUCACUUCAUUCCCAAAUUUUCCUUCCGAUGUGGAAAGCUUGCUGGUUGCAGACUUUAAUCGAACAUUGUCUCCCGUUCCUCCCUCCCCCCAAGAAGUAUCUGCAAGAUCAAAGAAAGUACUUGAUUUUAGGGCUAGGCGUUUAAGAAAGUCUGUCCAGGUCGAAAGCGAAUCAUUGCAAGAAGGCGAUGAGGACUCUGCUGUGUUUGAAGAUAAAGAAGCUGCAUAUUCACAUGAUGUUAAAUCAAGAAGUAAGCUUGACGACAGGCUGUCUAUGUACACUGCAAUCGAGAGCCUAAGACCAGUUUCUGGACCAGCUACAGUCGGAUUAAGAAGUGUAAAGUCAAGUGUUGACAGAAGGCCUCAAAAAAUUGACAGUCAUCAGCCAAUAAUUCGUUCAUCCACAAAAACACCUGAGAAACCUCUCUCCCUGAACCCUGUACGUCCCCUGACUGCUAAGGCUGCACUACAGCGUUUGCCAAAUAGACCAUUGCUUCUGCCCAGCAGAGGAAACAAGACAACAAGCUGAUGGCUACAGCAAUUCUGGAAAAUGAGGUCCAAUUUGUGCUCCGUUGUAACUGAAAUCCUUUUCAUUGUAACUCUUGAGCAUGGGGAAAGAGGAAUCACUUCUACUACACUUGUCUUGCUAAUUUCAACUCUGGUUGUGGAGAUGAAAAGAAUGGGUAAGCCAGUCACACAAAUGCCAGUGUUGUUGUACACCCACACAGAGUUAAUAUAUAAUACUGUUUAAAUGGUUAGCUGUUGUAGGUCUUUACAAACCAACAAAUGUACAAUCACAUUACCAGACUUGCUGCAUAUGCUUCCUAACCCUACUGUAUUUUCUGAGGAAGGUUUAAUGGUGAACAUUUUGAAAUGCUGUCAUUUUAAGUGUUAGUUAUGACAAAAAUCAGAUUGAAAUAACUACAGUGACUUGAAAGCAGACCAGUUACACAAUUGAUUGCACAUUUCCUGUGAAUGUUUCUUGUGGUUUUCUUAAGGAAUUACAUCAGAAUAGUAUAAGCUAAAAUUAACCUCUUGUAUCACCCAUCCCAAGAAACAUGCACAUAUAGACAUGUCUACGUGUGUACAACUUAUUCACAUAUGUAGUUACACUCAAUGCAUGCAUACAUAUUUGCAUAUUUGCACAAAAUAUUCAUUUGCAAAUAAGUACAUGCUUGCAUUCCCCAUCCUAAGACUCCAACCAACAAACACAAGAUUAAAUAUUCAUAAUGCAGAAACAUUUGAAAAUAUAUACACAUACAUAGACCAAAGUGCAUAUGAUGAUUUGCUUUUAUUUCGUGAGAUGGUGGCUGUAUGAAGUUCCCCCACACAAUAACAGUGUGUGGCUAGGUGCAUGCUACAUCCUCUAUUAAGACUGUGCUUCACUUUGAAGUGUGAAUUAUAUUAAUUUCUAAUGCCCAGGAAGAGCUGUAAUAUUGUUAAUGUGAAUUAACAAGCAGCCUGUGAUAUUCAAGUGUAAAGUAGCUUUGUUUGUAGCAUGCUACUGAUCAAUAGUUCAUGAAAAUUGAAGAGAAUGGUGAAAACAAAAAUAUAAUAAAUGCCCUUUGAAGAUAGUGACUGUCACAGUUUCCCUUUUAAUAUUUAACUAUCUAUAUGUUGUUAUUUUAAUGCUAUUGACAGCUAAUUAUUUCAUUUGGAAUUUUACAGAAGAUUAUCAUCACUCCUCUCUACAAGUGUUCAUGAACCAAUUUUGAAAUAAUCAGUAAUUUUAAAGCAAAUAAUUAAUUAUAUCCACAGUGCACAACAUUGUAGAACCAGUUGCAAUGGAUUCCUCUCACUCUUUCAUGGUCGUUUUCCCCGUACAUGUAUGGAUUAAACCUUUCUCCAGUUUUAAAAUUUGAUUUAAGAGCUUUUUAAUUGGGAAAUGGCUUUCUUCAUGUCACAACUGCAUGUUGUACUGCAGUGUAUAACCAUUGUCUUUUUCUUGCACACCGAAUCAUUUUACUGGUCCGUGCACGUUAUAAUUACUCAGAACAACCAGCUUCCCAGAAGCCCGAUGCAAAGCUUUACUCUGCUGCCAACUGCGCCCUCUCCUGUUCACUCCAGUGUUUCCGAUAAGAUCAGCAGUUUCAACAAGGGGUCGCAGCAGAUUUCAGUACAAGGUUUGGGACCCAAAACAUUUUCAUGGACUCACCAAGCAAAAUCUGGACAUGAGUUCGGGAAAGCUACUAUGUAAAACAUUUGGUUAAGCACCCCUUUCACGAACUUCCAGUGACCAGUGUUCAAAUGGGCUUAUUCUUUCAACAUCAGAGGAUCUGAAAACAAUGUAUGUUGUUAUUUCUGUGAAUAACUAGAUGUACAUACGGAUUACUGCUGUGUAUAUGAUGUAAUUUAUGCCUAUCUAUGCUACAUGUCAUGUCCCAAAACAUGAAAGGGAACUUGAUGGAGAAUUGUGUUAUAGCUCAGUAUUUAUUUUUUAUUGCGAAUCGUUGGAUUGUCAGUGAUUUAAAAUGACCA